CUUUUUUGGGUUGAUUAGGGUAAGGGUAACACUAUACUAUAUAUAUUGCCCUGGUAACCCUAAUAAAACUCAAAAAAAAAAUAAAAACCAACGACAGGCUUAUAUUUAUUAUAUUUUGUCUGUCAUGUCCGAGAAAGAAAAUCAAAAAAAAAAAAAAUGACACUAAUCACCAUGGUCUUGUCACUGUAUCUCGUCAGUGAGCUCCUAUUCCUAUCCCGAAAGAAAGUCUAUUCUAUGUCAAGGGAAGGGGAAAAGGGGCAGCUUCCUACCUCUGUACUAUACCACCGAAUAUCCGAGGCUGGCAGUUACACCUGUCGUCUUUCCAACGAUCGUACAACAGAUCGAGUUUUAUUUUUUUAUAGAGAGCGCAUUCUACCUUUUUGUGAGCGGCGUUUUUAUUGCAGAAUCCCCGUUUCCAGCCAAACAGAGACAUCCCCUCCCUUUCCCAAUUCCAGAAUUUGACAGCACGGAGAGGGGGGGUGGGAGACGGAUACUCGUCCGUUUC